AUAAUUUAAAAUAAACUUAGAAAGUUCUUGGAAAUGGUCUAGGGAGGACAGCGAGAGUGACCGGAUGGAAUGAAUCAAAGAAAAAGAAAGUGAUUCCCAGCCUGUGAGUUCCUACAGCGUGUGGGUCCCACUUGACUCGUCUUGCCAGGUCAGUCUUCUCUUCCAUCUUCUUCUUCCGUUCUUCCUCCUCCUCCUCCCACAUCUUUCACACCAUGAAAAACUUCAACCAAAACAACCUCUUCUCUCUUCUCUUCUUCCUUUCCUUCUCUACACUCUCCGUCUUUUCCCACCUCUUCUCUCCUCCCGACAACUACCUCAUCAACUGCGGUUCCACCUCCGCCACCACCCUCCUAAACAACCGUCCUUUCACCGGCGACCUCGCCGCCAAACACUCUCCUUCUUUUUCCACCUCCUCACAUCCCCUUUUUGUCAAAAACCAAAACCCACUUUCCAAUGUGCCACAAAUUUACCAUACUGCCAGGGUUUUCACCAAACCUACCAAAUACUCGUUUCCGAUCAAACAAAAAGGUACCCACAUGGUUCGUUUCCACUUUCAUGCCUUCAAUUCCUCGAAUCUCGACCUGGGUCGUGCUCAAUUUAACAUCUUGGUUGAUGGGUAUGUUGUUUUGAGUAAUUUCACUCGUUUUGUUACUGACAGUGAAAGAAACCCUAGGGUAGUUGAGUAUCUCGUAUGGGUUGAUUCUGAAAAGCUUGUGAUCGUGUUUGUGCCUAGUAAAGAUUCGGAAUUGGCGUUUGUCAAUGCUAUUGAGGUGAUUUCUGCACCUACAGACCUUAUUCUUGAAACAGCACAGUAUUUGAGUUCAGGGAAUUUGAAACGUUUUGAUGGUUUAAACAAACAAGCUCUUGAAGUUGUUUAUAGGGUCACUGUUGGGGGUCCUAAAGUUACACCUUUUAAUGAUUCCUUGUGGAGGACUUGGGUUCCUGAUGAAGAGUUUCUCAAAUCAAGUGUGGGGUCUGAGAAGUUUUACUUUGGUGGUAGGAUCAAUUAUCAUGUUGGAGGUGCUAGUCGCGAGGUUGGACCGGAUAAUGUCUAUAACACUGCUAGGUUGAUUAGAAGUAAGAAUGAUUCUGUGCCUAAUGUUAAUAUGACUUGGGUUUUUCCAGUUAAGGGUGGAUAUAAGUACCUGGUUAGGUUGCAUUUCUGUGAUAUUGCUAGCAUUUCGGGUGGUUUGCUAUAUUUCAAUGUAUAUGUGAAUGGUUAUUUGGUUCUUGAAGAUUUGGAUAUCUCUUAUAUUACAAGUUCGCUGGCUUCUCCAUAUUAUGUUGACUUUGUUGUCGAUGGAGAUAGUAGUGUAGGGGCUUUGAGUGUUAGUAUAGGUCCUUCAAAGAGCAGUCUUCCGCACGUCAUUGAUGGAAUGUUGAAUGCAGUUGAGGUUAUGAAGUUGAACAAUCAAUACAAGAGUCUUGAUGGAGAUGUUUGUGCUGAUUUUGUUCUCAAAAGCCACCGGUCACAUGGAAAUACGGGUAUUUUUCUUACUUUGGUGGCUGCUGUAUGCAUUGUGUUAAGCCUAUCCAUAGUAAUUCGUAGAAGGAUUAUUGAGUCACGGGAAUCUGUAUCAUGGUCAAGGUUGCCCGUGAAUUCAUCUGAGGAUAAUGUGAAGUGUUAAGACGGCAAUGUUUAAUCUACAAGUAAAUAAGUUAUUUGUAGAAUAUCAGUAAAUCUAGCCAUCUAGGUGGCUUUGAUAAGAAAAGAGAGAUGACAUGCUGCUGAUCAAGCUACGAAGGAUGCCAGAGUAUGAAAUAUCGAUUGAUAACACUUUUUAGGAAUUGUUGUAAUAUAUCUAAGUUGUCUUACUUGUUUAUAUCAUAAUAUUAAGGCAUACCUUUUGCCAUUACACUAUUUUGUUUCAAUAAUUUUUUGUUUUGUUCUGUUUUUAAUAUUGUAGCUUUUAUCAUUGUAACUGUUUGAAGUGUGGAAAUGAUUAUGCAACUUUCAUUUUGAGUA